AUGCAUUUCAGCGCCGUUACCAGGGACAUGGAAGCUUUCACGGCCAGCAGCCUGAGCAGCCUGAGCGGCGCGGGGGGCUACCACCUCUCCCCCCCGGCGGCGGACCCCUACGCCCACCAUGAAGCGCCGCCGCCGCCGCCGCCGCCUUCGCUGUACGACCCCUGCCCCGCCGGCCAGGCGGCGGCCGCCCCCGCCCCUCCGGCCGCCCCUCCUCCGGCCCCGCACGGAUACCCCUUCCCGGGCCCCGCGCAGCCCGGGGCGGCCGAGCGCGAAGCCCCGGGCCCCCGCUGCGCCGGGGCGGCCGCCCCCAAGGCGCCGGUGAAGAAGAACCCCAAGGUGGGCGGCGUGGCGGUGCAGCUGGAGAUGAGCUCGCUGUGGGACGAGUUCAACCAGCUGGGGACCGAGAUGAUCGUCACCAAAGCCGGCAGGCGGAUGUUCCCCACUUUCCAGGUGAAGCUGUUCGGGAUGGAUCCCGUGGCCGAUUACAUGCUGCUCAUGGACUUCGUGCCGGUGGAUGACAAGCGCUACCGAUACGCCUUCCACAGCUCUUCGUGGCUGGUGGCGGGAAAGGCGGACCCCGCCACCCCCGGCCGCGUCCACUACCACCCGGACUCGCCGGCCAAGGGCGCGCAGUGGAUGAAGCAGAUCGUGUCCUUCGACAAGCUCAAGCUGACCAACAACUUGCUGGACGACAACGGCCACAUCAUUUUGAACUCCAUGCACAGAUACCAACCCCGCUUCCACGUGGUCUACGUGGACCCGCGCAAGGACAGCGAGAAAUACGCGGAGGAAAACUUCAAAACCUUCGUCUUCGAGGAGACGCGCUUCACCGCCGUCACGGCCUACCAAAACCACCGGAUUACUCAGCUCAAGAUCGCCAGCAAUCCGUUCGCCAAAGGUUUCCGGGACUGUGACCCCGAGGACUGGCCCCGAAACCAUCGACCCGGAGCCCUGCCCCUCAUGAGCGCCUUUGCCCGCUCCCGGCCCCCGGGGGCGUCUCCUAUGCAGCACAGCAUCCCCGACAAGGAGGCGACCGACGGCCGGCGCGAGUUUGAAGGGCCCCCCCUGCACGGAGACGCCCACCCGCCGCCGCCCCCCGCCCACCCACCGGCCCCCGUCCCCCCGCCCCCGCCGCCGCCCCCCGGGCCGCAGCAGCUCCUGGCCCGGGGGCUGAGCCCGGGGGCCCUGCCGGUCCCGGGCGGGCUGGGCCCCCUGGCCGGCGGCCCAGCCCCCCCGCACCCCGACUUGCGGCUGGAGCCCCCCGCGGGCCCGGAGCCCCUGCAUCACCCCUACAAAUACCCGGGGGUCGCCGUCGCGGCCGCCGCCGCCGCCGCCGCCGCCUACGACCACUACCUCGGGGUGAAGAGCCGGCCGACGCCUUACCCGCUGCCGGGCCUGCGGGGGCACGGGUACCCGCACCCCAGCCCCGCCGCCAACAUGUACUCGCCCGCGGGGGGCCCGCCCGGCUACGACUACGGGCCUCGAUAG